CCUGACGGCUGUGCUAAAUGCUAAAUUCGUAUUACAACUUCCGUGAUAUUUUUUUGCUGUGAUAUUCUAAGUUUAUUUGGAUUAAAUUUAUAUCGCCAGCCUCUAAAUGAUUCCUCGCACGGCGGGCUUCGGAUAACUGUUCCCCGAUCGUCUGCAAAGACCGGUGAUCGGGCCUGAGUGCUGAAGAAGACCAAAAAUGGUCUUCUUCAACGGUUCUGUGAAAAUUAAGAUCUGCGAGGCAGUGGAUCUGAAGCCCACUGACUUCUCGUUGCGGCUGCAGAUGGGCUCAACGAAAGAGAAGGCCUCGCAGAUGAUCGAACCGUACGUCAACAUCGACGUAGACGAGGUGUACGUAGCCAAGACCACCACCAAGCCCAAAAGUGUCAAGCCGCAGUGGGUUUGGAACGAGGAUUUUACCUCGGAGGUUCACAACGGGCAGAACGUGAAUCUAACUGUAUUUCACGACGCCGCGAUCCCCCCGGACGAGUUUGUGGCCAACUGUACCAUUCCUUUCGACGAUGUUAAAGGAAAAUCUGAUUUCUGGAUCGAUUUGGAACCAAAUGGAAAACUCCACAUUGUUAUCGAGCUUUGCGGCUCGGCAACUGAAGCCGCAGAAUCGACCCCAAAAGAGAAAGUGUUCAAAGAAAAAGAAGGCAUGCUCAACCGACGACGUGGUGCCAUGCGAAGGCGUGUGCACCAAGUCAAUGGACACAAGUUUAUGGCCAUGUUUUUUAGGCAACCGACAUUCUGCUCACUAUGUCGAGACUUUAUAUGGGGUCUUGGGAAACAAGGAUAUCAGUGUCAAGUAUGUACUUGUGUAGUCCAUAAAAGAUGUCACCAGCACAUAGUCACAAAAUGUCCAGGAUCACGUGAUGUCUCUAAUGAUGAGGUGACAGGAACAAGGUUCAAUAUAAAUGUCCCACACAGAUUCAAUGUACACAACUACAGAAGACCAACAUUUUGUGACCACUGUGGCUCUCUACUAUACGGGUUGCUCAAACAAGGAUUACAAUGUGAUGUAUGUAAAAUGAACAUCCACAAACGAUGUCAAAAAAAUGUGGCGAAUAACUGUGGAACAAACACAAGGGACAUGGCUCAAAUCUUAUCUGAGAUGGGCAUUUCAGGCGACAAGCUCAGACCUAAACCCACCAAAAAGCCAACAUCAAUAAGUGAGUCCCCAAAUAAAAAUAGCCCAAUGCAUGAGAGAUCUUUUUCGUCCCCCAUACCUGUGAUACAAGAUCCAGAUGACCCUAAUUCCUCUGAUGUUGGUGGUUUUGACACAAGUAAUGAUCACUUAGGGUCUAGAACUCGCAGUCCUUCUGGGGACAGGUCGCGAUCUCAUCAUAGCCGAAUCAGCUUAAAUGAUUUCAAUUUUAUCAAAGUUUUAGGAAAGGGCAGUUUUGGAAAGGUGAUGCUGGCAGAAAAGAAAGGUACAGAUGAAGUUUAUGCCAUCAAAGUUUUGAAAAAAGAUGUCAUCAUUCAAGAUGAUGAUGUUGAAUGUACCAUGACUGAGAAGCGGAUACUAGCAUUAUCAGCUAAACACCCUUUUCUCACAGCGUUACACUCAUCAUUUCAAACUAAAGAGCGAUUAUUUUUUGUCAUGGAAUAUGUCAAUGGAGGUGAUCUUAUGUUUCAAAUUCAAAGAGCCAGAAAAUUUGAUGAACCUAGAGCAAGAUUUUAUGCUGCAGAGGUCACAUUGGCAUUAAUGUUUCUACAUAGGCAUGGUAUUAUAUACAGAGAUCUUAAAUUAGAUAACAUAUUAUUAGAUGCAGAAGGUCAUUGUAAAAUAGCUGACUUUGGUAUGUGCAAGGAGGGGAUGACUGAAGGCAAACUGACACAAACAUUUUGUGGUACACCUGAUUAUAUAGCACCAGAGAUUCUUCAAGAGCUAGAAUAUGAUGCUAGUGUAGAUUGGUGGGCUCUAGGUGUGCUUAUGUAUGAAAUGAUGGCUGGACAACCACCUUUUGAGGCUGACAAUGAAGAUGAUCUGUUUGAAUCUAUCCUCCAUGAUGAUGUCCUAUACCCUGUCUGGCUCAGCAAGGAGGCCGUUUCUAUACUCAAAGGGUUCAUGACAAAGAACCCUGCCAAGCGACUAGGCUGUGUUACUACUCAAGGAUGUGAAAAAGCCAUCCUUCUUCAUCCAUUUUUCCAUGAAAAAAUAGACUGGGAAGCAUUAGAACAACGUAAAGUGAAGCCACCUUUCAAGCCAAAAAUUAAAAACAAGACAGAUGCCAACAACUUUGAUAGAGAUUUUACUUCAGAAGAUCCUGUGCUCACACCUGUUGACCCAGCAGUGAUCAAAACUAUCAACCAGGAGGAAUUUCGCGGUUUUUCAUUUAUUAAUCCAGAAUACGGCAAGUUGGAAAUGGAGGCCAGUGGUCAGACCCACUGACCAAGCUAGAGAGGCUGUUCCAGCCAUGCUCAGUUUUUGGACCAUACUUGCUUGUGGCUGUGUUUUUAUUAUUAUUUUUAACAAAAAAAAAAUUCAAUUUGUGGAUGGUUUUCUUGUGUUUUCUGUGAAUUCACAAUGUGGUAUGAUUCAGUGAUGAGUAACCUCCCUUGAAAUGACAAGAUCAGAACUUCUUAAAUUUCCUUUCUGGAUCCAUUUGUUGAAUUUCACUGUUCUUAGGUCCACACUUGGUAUAGUUUUGUUGCAUUUAAUGGAUUGUCAUCAAUUGUUCUCGCACUGUCUCUCAUUCUGUCUGCCAUCUUGUUUUUCAUUCACUUUCAAAGUAGACAACAGGAAGAACAAAUAUUUCUUCCCUCACAAAAAAAGUGAUAUUCAUUUUAGUUUCAUUGUUCUGGCAUAUCUAUGUGUAUCUGAUGUUGUUUGGGAUUGAUGUCAUUUGCACUAAGCAUUUGUUUGAAUGAAAUUUGUUCUGUAUAAACAUUAAACUGCACAUUUUUGCUAAUGUUUAUAGAACUUAUAUGAAUCAACAAUCAAAUUCUUAAUAGUAUGAUAUAAGUUUAAUACUUUUAUGUCAUAAUUUUUAACUCCAUGACUUUAAAUGAUUUUAAUAUAUGUGGAUAUAUAGCCAUUAAGUGAGGGUGGAAUCUCCUAGUCAGGUCUUAAAUGUUGUUUAACUUACAAUUAUCAUGUUCAUAAUUUAAUGUUUUUAUUUUAAAUUUCAGGCAUUGGCUUAAGAAAUUUAAAACAUCUGUGAGAAAUGAACACUCAAAUGACAAAUCAUAAAUGUCUAAGUUAAUCAAUUUUUAUGUUGCCAAAUUGAAUUUCAACCAUUUUAUCCAAGUUCUAUUUUUAAAGCAAUUUGUGUUCAAUGAAUAUAAUCUAUUGUUAGCAUAACUUGCUUUAAAAAGUUAAAUCCCUCCCUGUUUAGCAAAUAAAAGAAUAGAAUUUUAUUUUCUGAAAUGAAAUUUUCCUCAGAAAUUUUAUAUAAAAUUCUUACAAAUCUGUUAGAUUUUUAUAUUAGUGUGGUCUUCAGAUUUAAUAAAGCUUUAACAGUUUUUUUUUCCUUGCAUUAAGGGGUAUGCAAAAGUUAGUGCAUAUUCUUUUAUUGAAAUUUAAUAUUGUUCUUAUUUAGCAAAUAAGUGUAGGGAAUUAUGUUUUAACCAACCUUUGGUUAAUGUGAUUUACUUAUACAGCAAACUUUAAAAUAGUUUUGGGCACCAAACUGUUAAUAUAUUUAUAUAUAUAUAAGUGUUGCUAUGUGUGCGUGUGUGUUAUAAUGGUAUUUGUUUUCUGUUGUUAUUUUAUUAAUUUAGAGAUCUUAAAAUAAUUUAUCAAAUAAGUAUUAGAUGGGUAGAAUAUUACGUUCAGUUUGCUUUUUAAUUUUGGAAGGGCUUACCUAAUAGUAGUAGCCUGAUAUUAGGAAACCUGUUUAUUUGUAUGCAUUUUCUCUCUUAUAAUAGUUGCAUUAAGAGUAUUACAAAAUAAAGUUUUAAAAUUUUGUUAGGAAAAUACCAUACAGAGAUUCUCUUAACCUAUGAAGUGUGGAUCCAGGUUUGUACACCCCAAAGACAAUUUGUCUUAUUCUUUGUUGUACAUUUAUAUUCAAGAGCAUCACUUACUACACAAAAAAUCUCACAAAGUUGAAAAUAGAAUUUCUUCUCAAAAUAAGGCUUACAGUAUCUGAGUGUUUUAAAAUUAUAAUUGUGAGGAUUUUAAGUUUGGUAGAAACAAUAACAUUUUUUAAACAUGUAUUCAUCUACUUGAUGAAUUCUUUUCACUCAGCUGUUAUUAAUUUUUGUUAUAUUUGUAGUGUGUAUUUUGCACAGUUGCUUUUAUAUUUAUAUCUUUCAUAAUGUUGUUUGCCAUUAUUUCAUCUGGUUUAUCUUUUCACUUUUAUAUUUAUCUCCUAUCUUCAUGCUGUAGUUCCAUCUUUGCAUAUAAAGCUGCAUAAUUUCUGUAUUGGCCGUUUGCCAAAAAAAUUUCCAGACAUUUCUUCAGAAUUUUUUUGGGGUGCUAUUUCAAAAAAUGAAAAUUUUCCAGGUGUGUGCUUGUGCUUAAGACAGUUUUUUAACAUGUGGUACUAAAAUUCAAAAUCUUAAAUGAAGUCUAGUAAGUAUGCUCAGACAAUCAUCUUAUGUAAAAAAAAAAUUCUAAACAAAAAUUAUACACUUCACUUAAAAUUGCUACUAUUCUCAGAAGAAAUAAAAGUAUUGUAAUCCAAGCCCAAUUAAUACAAUUUUGUAUCUCUGUUUUAAUUUCCACCUUUAAUUUCUAAGGGUAAUAUGGAUAUUUUCUGUUACUUUUUAAAUUAUUAGAAUGAAACAGUAAGUCCUAAUCACUCCUUACUUAAGAGUAUUAAAAAUCAGUUGAUAACAAAGUACUGAUAACUAUGUUGGAAAAUAAAUAAAAAAUUUGUACACUGCAAAAUACAAUUUAAAAACGAAUGUAAAAUAAUCCAUCAAAUAAAUUCUGUUGGUGAAAUUUUCAUGCUGAACUGUCAAAAUGUGGCUUAGGGAGAAAAUGUAUACAAAUUAUACUGGCUAUGAUUUUAUAAUUUUAUGUAUGUCAUAAGCAUGAAACUAGUGAACAUUUUUUUUUAAAACAAAUUUUAUUACUGACUUUUUGCACUUGAUAUGGAUAUCCGUUAUUUAUGAGUUUUCUUCAUUGUAAACAUUGUCUAAUGUGAAAAAUAUUUAAUGAAUUGUAAAAAUGGUAACACAAGCAACAAAUCCAUUGUAACUUUCAUCGGUUUUAAUGUAUAGCUGUUAUUAUUUGUUGCUUUUUGGUCAAUCAUGUUAUUGCAUGAAACUUAAACCAGUCUUAGCAGUAUUUAGCAACAGGAUGAGAAAAAUCAGGUGACUGAAUACAUUAUUUUAGAGAAAAUUAUUAGGAAAAUUAAAUAAGAAAUAGUGGUAAGAGGAUUGUGGUUACAAGAAUAAACAAGCUAACAUUUCACAUAAAUAAUUGGCCUCUUGUUAUCAGGUCUAUCAGAGGUAAUGAGCUGUGUUCAUAUGUCAAUUGUGCAAUACACAUCUGUUCAUAUGGUUAUAAUUUCAUGUUCAAUUUUUGUCUUUAGUUCGGUUUUCAGGCAGAAGGCCUGUUUACUAUUUAGUUUUUAAAAGCUUCAAGUAGCAAACCAGUUAUUUUGCCAAAAAAAAUCAACUGGUUUUGACUCUCAUACUGUGCAGCUUCUAGUUCAAAUGGAAUGGGUUGCAUCUGACAAGUUACCAAAAUUAAUUAGCUUAUCAUUUACCAUAAUGUAUGAAAACCAUAAACAUCUACUUAGAAGUUGCUUACAUUGUGAAACUGACUGUGAUAUAUAUUUUUUUUUUAUUUUUUACUAUCUUUUUUUCAAAUCAAGAACAUGUAUAAUUAAGUAUCUGAUCAAUGGCUUCUGGAAAAGGUUUUUUUGUAAUGAAUUAGAAAUAGUGUAUCUAAUUAGGUAGAACAUUUUAUUAGUAUUGAUAUAUUUUUAAAAAAAAUUUCUUUUGAUUUAAAUAUUUUUUUACCUGUCCCUUUUUUUCUUCAAAAACACACCAAAAUAUUAUUUUUUCACAAUUUGUUAGAUUUUAAAAAAUUAAAUUAUUACUUAAAAUUUUACCAGUUAAGAAAUUCCUUUAAGUAGGCAAUAAAUGCCCAAUGUACCAUAUUCUUCUAGUCAAUCAUUGCCUUGUUCUAAUUAGUAUAGACUUCAGAAGUGUUUAUAAUAGUUUGUGCCAUAACAUUAACCUUUCAGGGAAAGUAACAUUUCUGUUGCUAAAAUGAUUAAAGUUAUUUCCAAAAUAGAAUACUCUUUCAUUCUAACUUUUGUGUAUUCAAAUAGAGGCUUUCAAUUUUUUGGACAUAGAUCUACUCAAAAUAACAAAGGAUUAAAUCUUUAUUAGCAUUGUUAAGUAAAUAAAAUUGAGCAAAAUCAAACCAGUUUUUACAUUUGUAACUAUAAUAUCAGUGACUAGUGUUGUUCAUUCAAAAAGCUUCACUAUUUAGGCGGGGGAUAAACCAUGUAAUUUAUUACAAUAUCCAAUAUGAGGCUUGAUUCUGUAUGAAAUUAUCUUACAAUUGGACAUGUUUAGAAAUUGAAUUAUCAUGAGACUUUUGAGUUUUGUAAGCAUUAUGCACUUAACAAACUAAAUAAAGGAUGUCUUGUAUGAAUGUCAUUUAUCAUUUAACCUUCCAUUUUUGCAUACAUAUGGAGUAAAAGAUAAUCAUUACUUACCUAAAAUAUUUUUUUAAAAUUCAAUUAGACAUAAUGUGUCAUACAGAUUAAAAAAUUUAGUUAAGCUGCUAAUUAAACAUGAAAUUAUCAACUAAAGGUGAUGCUAAUUGAAUUUUUGGAAAAAGUAAUCUGUAAGUAUGAGGCUUUUCAUUGCCAAUAUUCUAUAUUAGAAUUUUGCAAUGAUUACUAAUGUAAUUUUAUUAUAAGAAGUAACAUGUGUAAAAGAGAUACAGAUCUGAUAUGGAGUCUCUAUAGAUAUAGAUUCAAUUAUAUUAUAAAAUUCAGUUAAAAUACAGAUAAUUUAAGUUGUGUUAGCUGUCUUUUGAUGGUAUUAUGUGGUUUUAGUUAUAGAACUAUGUAAAGUUACAAUCUUUAAAUUUAAAUGGCUUUAAAAGGUUCAUAAAUGAAAAAUGUAUCAACAAAUGCACUGCACCUUCAUAGACUUGCUAAUAUGUUUGUAGUUGUAAAUAAUUUAAUUUAUCCAUUUUCUCUAAAGAUAAUUUGUACAACUGUCACCCACUUCAGUUGAGAUGACAGUAAAAAAAAACUUUGAUAAUUUUUUAAAAACACCUUUGUUUGACUUUUUAAAACCUAAAUGUAUGUUAUCUCUUUCUACAAGCCUACAAGCAUACAUGUAGUGUUUCCCACUAGAAAUAAUUUCUUUUUACCUAAAAUAAACUAAAAUUUUGUUAAUUGUUAUAAUGUUUCUGUGUAUGCCUGAAUAAAUCAUUCUUAUGGGCUUAUUAAAUUAAUGUUGUCGUUAUUGUAAAAUAGGAUUUUAAAAAUACACAUUUAGAUAGAAACAAUAUCAACUUGUUUAAAUUAACAAGGGAAGAGUUUUAGAAUGAAUGGAGUUGUCUUGAGAUUCUUGCCUGCGAUAUUGUACCUUGAUCAAAAUGUUUCUGAUUUUGUCUUUGAUUGUUUUGGGCACAUCCUAUCAUUAGAAUAACCUGUUUACCAUUCCCUUCAAAUGUUGUAGAAUUGAGAUUUCUGAUAAUGCCAUGCUCUCUCUGUCAUUUCUCUUUAAUCAUGUGGAUAAGAUACGCACAAGGCUUAGUAUGAUCAAAGCUUUUAUCAACUAUUCUUACUCAUCACUUUGUUCACUCUUUCUGAAACUGAUAGUUAUACCAUAAUGCUUCUUCUCUUUAUGCCCCAUACAUAAAGACAGUUUUAUUCCACGUUAUUAUAUUCAACUCUUGUCAGCUUACCUCCCUUUAUGUUGAUGUUUUGAUGUGUACAACAAAUAUUGACUACAAUUAAAUAACUUACAAGCUUCCGUGAAAGCAUGUUUCAUGGCUAGACAUUUAUCAAGAGCUUAACUUAUUAACAUAUUUCAAUGCACUAGGCAAAUUGUUGUGUAAUAUAUGAGGUUGAGUAAGACUUGUGAAGAUGAAGUUAACAUUUAACAAUGUUCUCUUUGCAAAACUAUUUUAAGAUGUCAAGGGAUAGUGUCAUUUUACAAGGUGCUGCACUAGAUAUUAUUUAGCCUCUACAUCUUUAUUUUUAAGGCAACAAACUAUAAACUAUUUUAUUAAAGAGGUCGAACUAGAUCUGGCAACUGUAAUAUAGGCUUCAGACUUAAUUCUGUGUCAUUACACCCAAUAGUCAAUUAUAAUUGUGUUUAUGGUUUAAUAUUGUGACACUAGUCAAGAUUUUAUCCAAAAUAGCAGAUAUAGCUUAAUUUUUAAUCCCUGUGAGCUCAUAAUUUCAAAAGGAUGUCAUUUACUCAGUAGGUUAGAUGUCUACAUAUUGAUUGCGCUUUAUAAGGUUUAUCGUAUCAUCAUUAGAUAGCACAUUGUUAUAUCUUAAAUCAAGUUAAAUGAUACUAAUUUAUCCUGGAAGAAAUAGUUUUCUAAUAUUCUCUAUGAUUAUAUAAUUAAAAUACACUUUUCUUCAGUUCAAAGAGUGACUAGGAUUUUUUUUUUAAAGAGUGACUAGAUUAAUAGAUUUUUGCAAUGAGAUGAAUCAGAUCACUGAACUAAGACAAGCUACUAGCAGUUUUUUCUCUAGUAUUUUUUUUUACCCGAGCCACAUUGCCAUUUGGAAAAGUGUGUCUGUCAAUUUAUUUGCUAUUUUUUAGGUGUUGAGAUCAAUCUCCACAUAACCAUUGGAAAAACUACUAAGAUAAGGAAAAACAAAAUUAAAUGUGUUAUCAUUAUUGUUGUCGUUGGAAAGGUUAACAUUGAAUUUACAUUAAAAAUAAAUUAAUGAAAAACAUCAAUUUCCAAACACCUGAAAAACAUCAAGCUCAAAUGCACUGCUCGUUGCUUCCGUGAACUGUUUUGACAUCUGCACUUGCCCAGUUUAUUUCUCGUCAGUGUUUUUUUUUUUAAUUUUCAACUUCCGUUUUUGUGUUGUUUUUUUUUCUUUAUUAUUCAUCUCAGUCUGACUUUGUUGUCAGUAUCUGAAUUAGUGAUCAUUGAACAAGUGUAGUGCUAUUCAAAAAUUCUUUUUUUUUAAAAAUCUUUUUUGACCUAGUCAAAUAACUUGACCAGUCAUAUUACAUUUUUUAUUAUCAGAUUUAAUCAUGUUUCAGAAUAGAUAGCAUUUCAUUUCAAAGCUUUUAUCAUACCUCUUGUGUACAAGCUCUGUUAAAUCCCUUUUUAAAAAAAAAUAGAUAUUUUUUUUACCACAAAGUGAAGACAAAAUGGUUUACUUUGUUAAUGACUGUAAACUAAUGCUAAAAUACAAUAUUACUAAUAAAACUUAUAAAAAUCUAAUAUAAAGAACUGCAGAUCUAUUUCUUAUUUACAGUUCUCUAAUUAUUAUUGUAGAAAUAUUGUGUAGUACAAUUUUUUUAAAGAUCAAUAGAUAUAGAGGGUUUAGAGUGUUACAUAAAUCUUCUAGAUUUUAUAUAAUGAUAAUCAUACUUACUUUUUUUUAAAAUAUUGUUUGAAAAUCCUACAGUUGUGUUUAAUGCUAAGUGAUGUUUUUAAAAAAAAUCAAAUUAACAUUAGUGGAGAAGAGUGACUGCAAUUUUCUUAUGUCUUGCUCUAAUUGUGGUUACCGUAUUUUUGUUUGUUUUAUCUUUUUCAAGUUGUAUUGUUCUUCUAGAUCGAAUUAAGUCAAUAGUUUUUAAUGGGUGUAAAGAUAUUAUCAGUAAUUAUUCAUCAAAUAUGCAUACAAUUUGAAUUCAGUAGAACUUAUAAUUUUGGGCCAAUUUUGUAGAUUUGUAUACUACUUUAAUUUUCUCUGUAGGAAAUAUUUAGAGCACUAUACAUGACAUUCAGGUUCAUUUCCCAAAUAUUAGGUAUUUUGAUUUUUAAUUUAGUUUAGUUUUAUUAAUAAUAAUAAUAAUAGCAUAAUACAUAAGGCAGUCCCCAGUCAUAUACUCUAUUAAAUAUUUCCUUGACAUAAAACAGAGGUAAAGUGCAAUAUAAAUUAUUACAAAAAGCGCUUUUUUUUUGUAAAUAAAAAUAUGCCAAAAAGCUUAUAAUUUUGCUCAAACAAUACCAGUUCACAGAAGUAGCUUAAAAAGUACACAAUACGAAAAAAAUAGCAAUGUAAUAAGUGAAACCACAAUUUGAUAGCUUGCGGAAACCACAUUUUAAAAAAAAAAGUUUUUUAGGAUCUCAUAUAUAAACUAUAAGCCUUUCAUGGUCUGGAAGUGGUAGCUUUGUAUUGUAAAAAGUUGCGUUUGCUAGUUCCUUCAUCUUGGUCCAGUGAUUCUCAUCUCUGAGGUUUUGAAAAAUGUAAUGUUUGUUUAAUUUUUUUUAUAUAUAUAUACCAAGGAUCAUAUGAGCCUACAGAAAAUUAAAAUACUAUUAGAAUUUGGUUUGUUUAUCAAUCAUUUUGAUACAGAAGCAUUUUAUUUAUACUGUUACUUUUUCCCUUCUAAGAUAGUGAGGUGCAGACUGCACUUUUUAUUUGCGUCCUAUCAACUAUCCCUGUAAGAGAACUGGUGAGAGAACAGAUUGUUCUCGUUAUGUAUUCAAUACAAACGGAUGUAAGAGAAGUUGUUGAUGUAUUUACCUCAUGAUAACAUUGUAGCUCACCUUAACUGGUAUGAAUGGUCUCAAUCUAAAUCAACACGUUGGUGUAUAACACAUCAAAUUGGACUUAUCCAUUGGUACUCUAAAAUAUAUUUGCCAAGACUUAAGAAUUUUUUUUUUUUUAAUUUAGUUCCUAUGACACAUAACAGCAAUAUUGUUUGUUCUUUGUGUUGCCAGGCUGUGUAAUGUCAUGUGUUUGACUUUCUUGAAAUGCUAGAGCAAUUUAUCAGUAUUUAUAUGUGUAGUUUCAUUAAUAAACAAUACUUGUUAAUUUA